CCUUUCUUCUCUUCUUCCUCGAACCUGCAAAUAAAAACAAAAAGUCAAUACUCAUUACCCUUCCCAUAUCUAAAAUCUUCCUUUUCAAUCCCAAAUACAAAAAGAGUUUUUUGUAUAUCAGUUAUGGGGAACUGCUUUGGAACUCAACAAGUUGAUCACCAUAGCCAAUCCACCAUCAAGUCAUCCAGCCCAGAAGAGUCGAAGAAAGUAAAAGACGGCACACCAAAUGGAUCACUUCCACCACCUACAACGAACAAAGAGAGCAGCGGCGUUGAAGGGAGAAGCAAGGAGGUUGGUGAAGCGGUGUCCGUGCCGGAAAGUGGAAAGAUUCCGAUGAACACCACCUUGAAAAUAUUCACUUUUGCUGAACUCAAGGCCGCCACGAGAAAUUUCAAGCCGGCUACGGUGCUCGGAGAAGGCGGUUUCGGUAGAGUUUUCAAAGGUUGGGUCGAUGAGAAAACAUAUGCUCCUUCGAAAGUCGGCGUUGGCAUGGCGGUCGCCGUCAAGAAAUCGAAUCCCGAUAGCUCUCAAGGCUUGCAAGAAUGGCAGGCAGAAGUGAAAUUUUUGGGCAAGUUCAGCCAUCCAAAUCUGGUGAAGCUAUUGGGGUACUGUUGGGAGGAGAAUCAAUUCCUCCUCGUCUAUGAAUACAUGCAAAAGGGCAGCUUGGAAAACCACCUCUUCAGAUACUCAAUUGCAGCGGGCAGAGCAGAGCCUCUUACAUGGGCAACGCGGCUUAAAAUAGCCAUUGGGGCUGCCCAAGGCCUGGACUUUUUGCAUACAUCCGAGAAGAGUGUUAUCUACAGGGACUUUAAAGCCUCCAAUAUUUUGCUGGAUGGGGACUACAACGCUAAACUUUCGGAUUUCGGAUUAGCGAAGUUUGGCCCUAUAAACGGCCACUCGCAUAUCACCACACGAGUCAUGGGCACUUAUGGUUAUGCUGCUCCUGAAUAUGUUGCCACUGGUCAUUUGUAUGUUAGAAGUGAUGUGUAUGGUUUCGGAGUGGUGUUGUUAGAGAUGUUAACGGGCCUGAGGGCCCUCGAUACGAAUCGACCGAGUGGAGAGCACAAUCUGGUGGAAUGGACCAAACACUCGUUGACGGAGAAGAGGAAGUUGAAGAAAAUAAUGGAUCCAAGGUUGGACGAGCAAUACCCUAUGAAAGCUGCAUUGCAAGCCGGUGCACUUAUUUUAAAGUGUUUGGAAUCCGAUCCCAGAAGCCGUCCAUCCAUGGAAGAGGUAUUGGAGACGUUACAAAAGAUCAAUGCCAUCAAUCAAAAUCCUAAAGAGAGUAGUAAAGGUAGCAAAUCGAAGUCAAGAGCUAACGAUAAUCGAUCCCCGGUGCAUUCUAGGUACGGUCGGGAUACAAAUAACCAACGCUCCGCCACGGCUACACCGCAUCGAUAGUUGUUCGGUUUCGGAG